ACCAAGCAAAACAAACUUUCUUCUUUCUCUCAAUACUCAUGGAGUGGGUUCGCGGAGAACAAAUCGGCCAUGGAAGCUUCGCCAAAAUCAGCAAAGCAACACCCACAAAAUCAUCUUCUCAAUUCCCUCCACUAAUGGCCGUCAAAUCCUCGGAAGCUUGUUGUUCAUCUUCGUUGAAGAACGAGAAGCGAGUGCUCGAUACGAUUGGACUUUGCCCCCAAAUCAUUCGAUAUUUCGGCGAAGAACAGAGCGUCGAAAAAGGCGAGGAGUUCCACAAUCUUUUAAUGGAGUACGCCUCGGGAGGAAGCUUGGCAGACAGAGUCAAGAGCCAGGGCGGUCGUUUGUCGGAAUUGGAAAUUCGCCGCCACACGAAAUCGAUACUAAAAGGGCUUUCAUUCAUUCACUCGAAAGGAUUCGUCCACUGCGAUAUUAAGCUUCAGAACAUCCUUGUUUUCCAAAACGGAGCCGCCAAGGUCGCCGAUUUCGGGCUCGCGAAAGAGAUGGCGACGAAAGUCAACGAGUGUGAGAUAAGAGGAACUCCUCUGUACAUGUCGCCGGAGUCGGUAAACGACAACGUUUACGAAUCGCCGUGCGACGUUUGGGCUCUCGGAUGCGCGGUGGCGGAGAUGGCGACCGGGAAGCCGGUGUGGGACCACAAGGCGGGGGCGAGUGUUUGGCCGUUGUUGAUCAGAAUCGGCGGAGAAGAAGAGCCCGCAAUUCCAUCGGAUUUUUCCGAGGAAGGGAAGGAUUUUCUCAGAAAGUGUUUCCUUAAAGAUCCGGCGGAGAGAUGGACGGCUGAGAUGCUUCUAAACCACACGUAUUUCAAAAGACGAGUACAGAGAUUGAACCCUGUACUCAACUCUGUACUCAGCCUGGCAGAAAAGUGCCCAAAGAGUGGUAACGCGAUAAUCGAGGCUCGCGUCAAUUCACUCCUCCGUGUGAUCCCUGUCCACUGUCUCCUCUCUCCCUCUCCUGAUCUCUUUCCCCCCCAAAAUCUGCCAUAGAUUUAGACACCAAAACCUCAAAAC